GGGGUCUCGUGCGGGAUGCCGACAACUUUUUUUGCCUGGCCGUCUGGAACAGGAACACCCCAACCCGCAAGACAAGCAAGCCCAUAGCCCAUCAUGUCCGCCGCCACCGACAAGGCGCGCUUCUUCCUGGAGAAGUCGGUGCCCGAGCUCAAGGAGUAUGAGCGCAAGAAGAUCUUUUCCAAGGAAGAAAUCACAUCGAUCAUAAAGAAACGGUCCGAUUUCGAGCACAAGCUGAACGCGCGGGGUGCUCAGCCCUCCGACUUUGUUCGAUAUGCGCAAUACGAGAUGAACCUGGACACCUUGCGCCGCAAGAGGGUGAAGCGGCUGGGCAUUCGCACGGCGGGAUAUACGGGGCAGAGGAGAAUUUUCUUCAUCCUGGAUCGGGCGACUCGCAAAUUCCACGGCGACAUAGGCUUGUGGGUCCAGUUCCUCGAAUACGCCAGGCAACAGAAGGCCUACAAGAAGGUCUCGUCCAUUCUCACGGACGCCGUGCGACUACAUCCCGCCAACGUCGACCUGUGGCUCUAUGCGGCGCAGUACUCCGUGGAUGAACAUGCCGACAUGACACAGUCCCGGGCGUACAUGCAGCGCGGGCUGAGGUUUUGCAAGGGCUCCAAGAAGCUGUGGCUUCACUAUGCCAAGUUGGAAUUGAUCUACAUCGCCAAGCUCGUGGCACGACAGCGGAUAUUGGGACUCGACCAGCCUACCGAGGCUCCCAAGCCCGUGGAGGAUGAUGAUGAUCUAGAUGCCGAUAUGAUCGCUAUGCCAAAAAUCACCGGGGAAGACAUCAACCCCAGCGCCGGGGAAGAAGGCGACGUGGACGAAGUGGCCCUCCAGAAUCUCGCUUCGACCCCUGCUCUGAGCGGUGCCAUUCCCCUCGCCAUCUUUGAUACGGCAAUGAAAAACUUCGACAACGAUGACAGUUUCGGCCAUGACUUUUAUGACAUGGCUGUCCAGUUUGACGACCUACCCUGUCUGCGCAAAGUCCUCGGACACGUCGUGGACGCAAUGGUGCAGUCCAAGCCAAACAGUCCUCGUACGCAAAUAUGCUACAUCAAAUUCCCCGCCGCAGGUAUCUCGGUCACCUCACCCGACUUCCCCCGUGCAUUCGGCGCGGCAUUCGGCCGCCUCAAGGAGUACCGGAACAACCCCGAUGUGGCCAGGGGGAUCAUCAGCUGGUUACAGCCGCUCGAGAAGACCGAGGGCCUGGAUCCCUCCCUCCAGAAGGCCAUCGCGGCCACCAUUCGCAACGCGGAGCAAGUUGUUCAGGGAGCGUAGAGCUUACAUAUCGUUUUCAGUCAUUCAUCGGCGUUUACCGGAUAGUUCCGUCGCAGGCUUCAUGGGCAAUGAAUGAGGGAAGUUCGCUUUGGUUAUUGGAUGAUGAAAAGUUAGCAUGUGUAUUAGUCGUCAUAACUACCCC